AUGGGUGUAAAUGAGGCUCCCGAGAAGGAGACCCCUGAGAAGGAGAACACCGAGACCCCCAAGGAGGACACGAUCAAGAAACAGCUUGAAGAGUCACAAAAAGCCAACGAAAAUGACACCCAGGCGUUGUUCGACAUCUACGUCUACGAUGAAACAUCCAACACGGCCAAGAUGGAAAAAUUCGUCAACCUUGGAAGCAUCAAAAACAUUGAGGGCAGCAAGCUUAAGGAUAUCCGGAGCAUGCUUAUUAGCCAGAAUGCGUUGACAUUUAGACAGAAAGGAAGCUCAUUCUGCAACAAGGUUGGAGCUCAAGCCAAUGAGGACUUGAGCUUCACCGAGUACAUGGAGUCCCUUGGUCGUGGCGCGGAAGCGUCAACUGACACCAAGGGAGGCGAUGAAGAUCAAUCGGUCAAUACAGCCAGCACCCAGGGCAGUAAAACAGGCCCAAAAAAAGAAGUCUUCGCUGUCUAUCUCAAGUCCCGCCGACUCCCUACCGAGGUGGAUGAGACGACAAAGGAAUUCAUGAAGCAGAAGCUGGAACUUGAGCUAAAACAAGCGGAACUUGGAGCAACAGUCAGGCCCGACCUCCUUACCAGCUCUUACAACCACGGUGACUUUAUGGCUUCACCUGCUGGUGGUAGCGUGACCCAUCCGGCCGAUAUGACCCAGAGAGAUUGGAACGUAGUCAUACAGACCAACUCUUUACUCAAUGGUAGCUACGUUAGACAGCCAUCGGCGGGAGUCCCCAAAAAAGUUGAGCGUGCCAUGUAUCCAGCAUUUCAAUUAAAGCCGCGCCUAUUCCGUGACUAUGAGGUGGCGCUUGAUAGCAAGGAUAUCAAGCCACCUGAGCAAAUGCUGCGUAUCCCUCGAUAUAGGGUUGAGGAUGAUUCUUAUGUGGAGGUGUCGGAGAAUAAAUCCUCUGUAGCGUCAGCGAUUGCUUCAAGCUCCCUUUCUGAAAUCGCCGCAGAGGUUGCUGUUGGGGGAGGAGCUUUUGGCUACAGCGCCGGUGCUAAGGCUUCAUACAAAAAUGAAGAAAAAUCAGCCGACUCCACUUCAAGCCGGCAGGAUGAAAACCAUAUGACUAUUACUUACAAUUUCCCCCGUGUGGUUGUCCAACUGGAUGAAGACAGCCUGGAGCUUUCGGAAGAGUGCGCGGCAGACCUGAAGCAUGUCAAGGACAGCGCUUCUUUGGAAGCGUUCAAAACCAAAUACGGUACCUUUUUCGCAUGCCGUGUAGAACUUGGAGGGCGGCUUCACUCCUCAGAAAACUCAAAGGCGCUGGGCAGUGGAUCUGUGGAGGAGAAGUCCAAGGCCAUGAAAGUCGCCGCGAGUUUGUCAUUCUCUUCACCCUACGUUCAGGCGGCUGCGAGUGCCAGCUAUGGAAAUUCUAACGCCAACAAGACUGAGAAUAGCUCGAGCUCUCUUAACAGCAGCAUGACCUGGGAGGCUAAAGGGGGUGAUACUUUGUUAUGCAAUAACCCCCCAGCCUGGUGUAGUACCGUGGCGUCCUUCUACAACUGGCGUGUUGCCAAGCAAGAAAACCUUCUCUCGAUUGAAGAGCUUAUUUCCAGGACAGACGGAAACAAGGCUGUCAAGCCCCUGUUUGACAGCAUCAUGACCCCGACGAAAGAUAAGCCCGAAUCGCCCAAGGUGGCAGAGGGUUCGCAUGUGGUCUGCUUCCUGGGUAAAGGCACUAGUCAAUAUAUGACCAUGCGAGAGGAACCGGGUCCUGAUCAUACAAUCGGUUCACUUGUUGGUAACGAAGUGGGCGAACUCCAAGCUCAACGACGUUCAUGGUCUGUUACCCCAGCCCAAAACGCAUGGCUCACAGGAUUGCAAACGAAAACCUGUCGCCCGCUUGUGAUGAGUGAGGGGAGAUAUACUGGAUCUCAAAACUUCGAACUUCAUGGAUUAAUCAAUACCUCAACUGGACGUAAGAGGCUCCAAGACGGCGCCAGUUAUAAGGUGUGGAACAAAUUCGCAAAUGGAUGGAUUCAGGGUAGUGAAUGCUGCCCUGGACUCUAUGAAAAGUCCUUCCUCCAUGAAAAUGCCGAGCAGGGGGCCGCUUACAUCAAGGUGCGGUCUGUCACGCCGUUUGAAGCGUCGGAUGUUCUCCGUCAAGAAGAUGAAGUCAUCCUGGAGAUGUACGAUGAGAGUGGAACGCUGCUUGGCCCAGUCAAGGAACUGUCAGAUAAAGCACUUUUUAGGGAACCGCCAGGGAAUGUGCUUGGUACAGACCGAAGCGGCGGUGCAAAGGUGUUUAUCCUCCGCUUUCAGGACUAG